AUGAUAUGGCGGAAAGCUUCUAAGAUGAUUGGUCGGAUAUUCAAACCAAAUACUCUUGAUUUUGAGACGGCCAUAUGGGAAAUAUUCCACUUGAUCAUCAACCCCAAAAAAAUGUACCGUUCACAUUACUAUUAUAGACAUCAGAAUGGAGUGAAUGGACUUAAUUAUACCCGAGAUGAUCCUCUGUUUUUGAUUUUAUUAACGGGCUUUUUAACUGUUAGUAGUGUUGCAUGGGGCUUGGCUUAUAGUCCAAAAGUGGUAGACAUUUUAAAGUUGAUUGUAUAUUCGGUGUUUGUUGAUUUCUAUCUAACAGGUGCAGUAGUAGCUACAAUCUCCUGGGUAUUGGCCAAUAAAGUAUUAUUCCGAAACUCCGGUUCAAGAUACAGUGUUAACUAUAUUGAUUGGUGGUUUUGUUUUGAUAUUCAUUGCAAUUCCUUUUUGGUUAUUUGGUGUUUGCUUUAUCUUUUACAGUUUCUCUUGUUGCCAAUUUUAGUUGUUAAAAACUCCAUUUUUGGGCUUCUAUUGGGGAAUUUGCUAUAUUAUGUGGCUGUCAGUUAUUAUUUCAUUGUCACUUUUUAUGGGUUCUCGAGUUUACCAUUUUUAACUGCUCAAACUUCAAACAACUCUAAACCAGCAAAGACUUUACAAAUUAUCAUUUUGGGUGUGGUAUUACCUUUGUUAACAGUGGUGUGGUUAUUAGCGACCUUAUUUGGUGUCAACAUAGCAAACCUUAUGGUUGAUGCAUACUUUAAUUAA